AUGCCAAAGACCUUUAGGCCAAUCGAAAAUGAUGUCAAGGACCUCCACACCUUUCUUUCUCAGUCACUUUUUUCAAGCAAAUUUAAGAACUACUUUUAUGGAUUUUUCUGUCAGCUUUUUAAAGUAAAGUACAAUAGAAAAAUAAAGCCAAGUGUCCAGUUCAGCUACGAAAUAUUAACCAAUUUCGUUUUCACACUUCAGGUAAUAUCAUUAGCUUGAUAUCCAAACAUGAGUGUGAGUGGCUGAAGCUCAUACAUAUUCAUAUGACAACUAAUGGGGUGGGCAAGCUAUGAUAGUGUUUGUGCAAAUUUAGGGAUUAUGGAUUAUUGCUUUUAUGGGACAGUUUCUCUAUUAUAUUUAAAUUGUAAAUUGGCCUUAAGAGGGCAACCCCACUAGCUUUUACCUCGUCUUGGAUCCAAAAGUCAGCCUCAACAAAGCUCGGAUUUCAAAUGAGAAUAUGGAAAGCUUCCGUAUCUUGUAUAAGGGUUACUCUCUAUGGCAGAGCUGCCGAAUGGAUAGUGCCCUGCUGGUCCUGAGAGGUAGGCAAAAUCUGUCUAGCCUGUCUGGCAGGGAGAGUAAAACCUUUCUGGGAGAAUCAAAACUUCCCUCUUCAGCAAGGCAUCACCAAGCCUAAAGGCAUACUUCAAAAAGAUGCAGAGGUCCUGUCAGGACGGUUCCUACCUGCUCCACAUGGAAUGCAUCUCGGAGUCAAAUUUCCGUCAUUUUUUUCUCUAUUAGGCAUGUGCUUAGUAUCAUUCUCAGUUUUUGGUUUUUAUAUUUACAUUAAAAAAGACCCUCCAAUUUAUAUAUCAAUUUGGCCUCGCAAAAUUGCUACGCUACUCACAACAGUGUGCUUGAUUCCUAGUACAAUGAUUUUAUUAAUGAUAGGAAAAUAUUCAAUAAUAAGCACCAAAACGAUAGAGGAAUAUGAUGGGUUGACUUCCUCUAUUCUCGAUUUUGGCUUUCAAGGAGCUUUUCUUUCAAUCAUUGGACUUGCAGUUUUGAUUUCAAUUAAUUUAUAUUGUGAGUAUUUUUCUUGCGAUAUUCAGCAUUCUCACCCAGAAAAAAAUUUAAAAUCCAGAUCAUAUUCUCUUAUAGACGUGCAAAAAAGACUUUUUUACAUCCUCACUUGUAUUUCAUUCGUGACUUUUGUAAAUGCAAAAGCAAUUAUUCAUCAAUCAAUCUUAUUUUGUUUUUCACUGUCUUUGAGCUAUAAAUCAAUUACAGUUUUGCAUUAUUUUAAUGAGCUUGAAAAUAUAAUUGAAACAUGCAAGCAAAGUGUAAUUUCUUUUACAAUUCUAUUUUUUAUUUUUGGAGAGCUCUUGGACAGUGCUUCAAUUGUAAUAGUUUUUACAAUUUUCCUGCAGCCGAUUAUUUUUCUUCUGACAAUGAGGCUAGUUAGACGUAAUUAUGCAAAGCUAAAAGACAGCAAAGAGUGUCCAAAAAAUCAAUUUGAGUUCGAAAGAAAAUUCAGACAUUUAUUAACCGAUAAAGAUAAUGAAGAUAAAUUUUGGAUAUUAGAUUUAUUUAAGACUUUUUGAAAAGCGAAUAAAUUUCAAAAAGACAAGCUUUUUGUGAUAUGGGAAUUUAACUAUUGUCUUUCAAUAGUUAAAGACGAAAGAUUAGCCAGGGUAAAAUUGUCGAAAAUUGGGAAUGCAAAAACUUCGUUUGAAGGAGAAAUCCAAGAAUGGAGGCUUUUUAUGUGACUUGUUAAGAAGAAAUGCAAAACUUUUCCUGAAACAAGCUAUUUAGAGUUUUUAAAAGAGUUCAGCAGAAUUAGAAUCCAAGAUGAAGAACUUUGCUAUUUGCUGAUAGAACUUCAGGCAGAGGCGUCUCUAAAAGCCCCAAGAAUUGAUAAAAUUAUAAACUUGGCAAAAAGAACAACGAAUUAUUUAAUAAGCCUUUCCGAAGAUUUUAAAAACUUGUGUGACAAAUAUAAGAAUGUCGAAGGCUAUGAAUUAUAUGGAAGCUUUUUAGAGAAUAUAUCAAGUAAUCGUGAAGAAGCAGAAAAAAUGAUCAGGAAGAAAAACGGACUUGAAAAUUAUAAAUAACUCCCCCCCCCAUCCUUGAUCGAACGACUCGCCAUCGUUCGAUCAAGGAUGGGAGUUAAAAAAAAUUUUUUUUGGAAAAAAAAAUUUUAUAUAUAAAAUAUAUAUAUAUAUUUAUUUAUUUACUUUUAAAUAAGAAGGUUAAGAGUAUUUAAUAAUUAUUUUUAGAGCAAAAAAUUGAAUUAAUUUCAUAAAAAUACCAAUUUUUAAUAUUUUGAUUUAUUAGUUACCCUUUAAACUGUAUAAAUUUUAAUUUGUUCCUUAUUAAAUUAAAUUUUUUGUUUAAAAUUUUAAAGAUCUCUAUUUUAUUAGAUUAUUGAUUUUUUAAGCCUAGAUUGAUGACUAAAUCACUUCGGAUAGUUGAUUUCGAAGCUUUCUGUCGUCUCAAAGUCCCUGAAAACAACUUUAUUAGGUACAUCUUCCCAAGCUUUUGAUAACUAAUAUAUUUUUAUAUAUAUAAAAGUUGCAUGAUAUGAAAAUCGUUCGAUCAAGGAUGGGGGUUAAUUUCCCCAAUUUUUAGGAAUUUUUACAGUCAAUCGUUCGAUCAAGGAUGUGGGGGGGGGGGGAGUAAGCAGAAUAAUACUAAAAAAUUAGAAGACUAUGGAAAAGAUGUGCCUAUUAUAUUGGUAUCUUGCUCUGAUAAUAAUAUUAUGUAUAUCAAUGAAAAAGCUUCACUAUUGUUUAAAACUUCAAUUGGAAAUAUACUUGGCACUUCACUUUUGAAUUUUAUUCCUCAACCUUUCGAUGUUUGUCACAUGACAAAUAUUAAAGAUUUUGUGUUAGACAGCAGCACGAUUGAGCUUCCGUCGCACAAACAUUUAUUUUUCAAAAAUGUUCAAGGAUAUUUAUUUGAGUGCAAUUUUUUAAUUAAAUUGACAGCAUUUCACAACUGUGCAUAUUUUUUGAUUUCUUUUGAGCAAAGGAAAGCAACACGUGAAAUUGCAUUAAUUUCAGACGAUGGGUUUAUUAUGGGACAUUCAGAGCUUUUCCCCUUCUAUAUUGGCUCUGAAUCAAAAUUCUUAAUAGGCAAAACCCUAUCAUCUGUAGUCCCUAUUUUAGACAUAGAUAAAAUGAGAGAAUUUGAGCCCUGGCUAAUGUCUUUUAACAGCGGCCAAAUUGCUUUUAUUAAUGCAAAAAAAGAAAUAAACUCCACCAUAAUCCGUAAUUUAAUGAUUCUUCAUGACGAUCAAGAAAUAAAAAACUGAAAAGAAGGAAUUUAUCAUGACCAAUCUAUGCAUUUUGCAGAUCAAGACAUAACUUUUGACUUCGAUAAAUCUCAAAUAGAAGAAGAAAGCAGAAAAAGCAUCCAAGUCCAAUUUCUCUCAGUCAGCAAUAUAUCACUUUUGCCAAAGCCUUCAUUUGAAACAGAAGUUUAUACUAAUGAAGAAUUCGGGAUUAAAGAUAUGAGUACCAGGAGGCAAAACGAGCCUUCUCCAAGAAAUGAAGACAAAAAAUCGGGGACUGAAGAUUUUUCAAAAUCUUCAGUUGGCUCAAAAUUUUCAAAACAAGCUCAAAAUCUCCUUUCAGAAUCAAAAAGAAAAAUUAGGAUCCUAGAAAUUGUGCUUUUUAUAGUGGUAAGAAUAAAUUAGAUGUCAUCUGUUAUAGUAGUUGUUGGUGCCAUUCUGGGGUAUAUGAUCACUGACAUAUCAUAUACAAUGUCUUUAAUUCCCCUUCCAUGAGCAUAUAAAAUAUUUGUUGAUUGCAAUGCUUUUUAAUAUAAAAUUUAUAAAAUUUACAGUAUUUUUUCCAAUAUUUAUAAAAGCGCAUUUCAGAAAUUUCCAAUUAAUUUAAUAUAUAAAAUUUAUAGUUAAAGUGCAAUCUAUUUAGAAUUAUUAAGAGAUUUCAUUAUAUAAAAUACUGAAAUUUCCAAUGGUUUUAUUCGCUAAUGAAGGAGGAGUAAGCUCUUUCAAAAAUUUAGGACAGCUGUUAUAUAAUCUUGGGCUAUCCGCAGAUUAUGCAAGGCUUAUUGAUAAUUUAAAGAAGACAAGCGAGACUAAUGAACAGCUAAAUAGUGCAAUUACAGAUUUUCAAAUUUUAAUAUCAGACUUACUCUCCCUUUUAAAAGUAAGAAAAACUAUUGAAAUAAAUCAAUCGAAAAUUUGAGCCCAAAUAAAGUCUUACUUGCUUUUAAAGGGGAGUCAGAAUCUAUCCAAGGAACAAUUUUUAAAGAUUUUGACCAAUGAAACUAUUGCUCAGUCUCAAAAAUUGUUACGAAUCCUUUGAUUCCUUUAAUCUAUUUUGAUGCUUUUGAUCCAACUGUAAAAUAUUCAAAUUUAUAUGACGCUAUAUCAGAACUCAUUUUAAAUGUAUUUUUUAUUCAGUGUAAAGGCAUGGCUAGUGCCAUCUCAGAUAAUGAUCCCUACCUAAAAUAUAUCAGAUUUGUAUUAGUUAAUGGUGCAGGACAUCUUUUUGAAAGCACAAAUUCCACAAUGAAUGGGAUUGUGGAUUGCGAAAUAGAAAGAGUAAAAAAAACUGGCAUGUAUAUAAAUGCUCUCUUAAUAUUUGGAUUCUUCGCACUUGGGGUUCUGGUUCUGGUUAUUAUAGGAUAUAUAAUUUUUGUAUCACGAAAGCAGGACGAAUUUUGGAAUUUUAUUUUAAAUAAUGCGCAAUGGGCACUUGCUAAACUGAAGAGUUCGGCAGUAGACAGGCUGGUCCUCGUUCAUGGAGUUGAUUAUAGUUCAGAUUUAAAUAUGGAAAUAUCAGGAAAUCGAUUAAAAAGAAAAGUGAAAACUUCUGUUUAUAUGCAAUAUAGUUGAAGACUUAUGGUUUUUUUCAUAAUUGCUGCUUCUUACUACAUUUUAAUUUCAUUAUACUUAUAUCCAAAAUGCGAAGAUUUAAUGAUAAACCGUCCAAAGCUCCUUAGCAACUUUAAUAUAAGGCGUUCCACUCUUAGAAGAUUAUCAAUGCUUUCUAGAGAAACUUUUACCCAUUACUUUCAAAAAAAAGUUCCCCAAUAUUUUCAAUAUUCAAAUGCAUGAACAAGUGUUAAUAGGGCAUCAACUAUUUUAAGAUUAAAAAACAAAGAACUCAGAGAAAGUGGCUUAAAAAAAUUAAUGUCAAAAGAAUUAAGAGAAAGAAUCUAUAAUAAGGUAGAUUCCGAUAAAAGUAUCCUUGAUUAUGGGACAGAAGCUGCAAUAAAUGUCAUAAUUGGCGAUUGUGAAAAUCAGGGAUAUAAUGAAUUUAAUCCUUCAUCAAAGAUACUUGCAAUACUUGCUGAAGUAGUAGCAAUUCAAAAAGAAAUAAGCCAAGAGUUUCUAUUAGCAGAUCGUGACUCAAAAAAUCUUAUAAACAAUGAGCUAGAUUCAAUAAUAAAUGCAGCAGUAGCAUACUCAAUCGCACUCAUUAUAUUAUAUACUUUCUAUUAUUUACCAUAUUUUAAUUGGCAGAUCAAGCAGCUUAAUAGGUUCUUGAUUUUACCAGAAAUUUUACCAAUGGAUUCAGAAUAA